AUGAAAUCUAAAGUUAAAGAUGAGUUCACCACUCCUAUGACUUCUUUCCCAAGAGAGGACUUUAAGCGUCCAUUCUUAGUUGAUAAUGACACACCAGAACUCUGUUGCAAAGAUAGUGACUACGCAUUAGUUUUUGUUCCAGAUGAAGAGUGGGAGAAACUAAAUGAAUGGUCCUUGAAUCCCACUCGACUUAAGAUUGGGCCAUCCAUUUUUGAUGGAACGUUAUGUAAACGUAUAAUUGGGCCUGGUCAAUGGUUCAAGAACUUUAGAAAAACUGAGAAUCAUCUAUUUAAAUGGAUUGAUGAAGCUUUGAUUGACGAGAUACGAAUGGUGGAUGCAAAACAUGAGAUGGUUGCUGAAGGGAUUGCUAAGUUUCAAGAAAUUGUUAUGGAAAAGGUGAAGUCCGAGAUGGUUAGAGUGGAACAUGAGAUGUCGGAAAAGCUCAAUGAUAAGGUGAACUUGGAGAUUUCUAGAGUUGCACAGGAGAUGAAAUAG